AUUUUGACCUUUGACCAACCAAGAUGGCGGCUUAUCAGUGGGUCCCUCGCAUGAGGGAUUACACCAGUGAGAAGCAACAAGAAGCCUGUGUGAGGGAGACAACUGAUUAUCAUCCUCUCAAACCAAUGACUGUUACAGUGACAGAGUCCAAGGCCAAGAAGACAGGUGGAAAAGCAGAGACAGAGUUUGUGGACCCCCUGUCUUCCUCUCUGGAUGGUACGGACCCCCUGUCCAUGUUUGCUGCCGAACAUGUCGUUACGGACCCUCUCAGUACGGCACCCAAGAGAGACAGGGCUGAAUCAGGUUCUAAGGCCAAACCAGGAAAGAAGUCUUCCCUGGAUGAGUCAUUUGAACCGUGGUCCACAAAGAAGGCAAACAUCCUGAGCAAGUACACAACAUCGGAGAGACUUUCCAUCACUACGAGUUUCCUGUCCCCAUCUGAUAGGGAAAAAGUGGCUGUGAAGACCCAGGUCCAGACAACCAUGACAGACAAGGUCAAGAACAGGCUGGAACAACUAGAUGAUUUUGAGGAGGGUUCAGUGAAGGAGAUGUUGAACCUGAGUCAGCAGGACUAUGUGAACAGGAUUGAGGAACUGAACCAGGCUCUCAUCAGUGCCUGGGAACAGGACCAGAGAGUCAAGGCACUCAAGAUCGCCAUCCAGUGUUCCAAGCUGCUGGUAGACAUUUCUGUCAUCCAGUUUUACCCCAGCAAGUUUGUCCUCAUCACUGACAUCCUGGAUACUUUUGGUAACCUGGUGUACGAGAGGAUCCGACAGAAAUCUGCAUAUUUCCCACCUGGCAGUAAGGUGCCUCAGAUGUUACCAGAGGACUUCACCCCAGACCAAGUCCCUGACUCUGCCAAGGAAACCUGCAGGAACUGGUUUUAUAAGAUCGCCUCCAUCCGUGAGCUCAUCCCCAGACUUUACGUUGAGACGGCCAUUCUUAGAUGCUACAGUUUCCUGACCUCAGGAGAGUACUCUCAGGCACUUCUGAGGCUGUCCAAUAUGAUGAGAGGUAUUGGAGACCCUCUGGUUGCUGUGUAUGCCAGGACCUACCUUUGUAGGGUGGGAAUCUUGGUUGCACCUGAAGUGCAUGAUCAUGUGGCCAUCAACCUGUACGACUUUCUCGCGACUUACAAACAGCUGCAGAGUGACAGUGUACAGAACAUCCUGGCUGUACAACAGCUGGAGAUGGCCCAGUACCUGCACCUGUACACACCUGCACUGGACUGGAUACUACAGUGUGUGGCUCAUCGGGCAUCAGAGGACACAAUGACAGAAGUACUGGAACAUUGUAAGAAGCAAUGUAACAGUGCCUUGCUGCUGAACUCCAUCAUGUCAGCCUUUAAGCCAGACUACAUCGCCAGCCGCGCCCUGAAGUUUGUGGACACCAUCAGGGACUGUGAGGAGGCAGGCUUCCCCAAGCACGAGCUGUACGCCUCCCUGGGUGCCAACAUGGUGCUGGCUGACCCUCCUGAAGAACAGCGGCUGCAGACACUGAACGAGGUGUGGAAGGUGGUGAUGAAGCUAAAGAACCCUGCAAACUACAUUGCUUGUGCUGAAGUUUGGAUUGAAUAUCCCUGCAAACAUUUCACGAAACGUGAAGUGAACACCAUUCUUGGUGACAUCAUCAAACACAUGGUUCCAGACAGAGCCUUUGAGGACUUCUACCCACAGUUGCAGUCCAUCGUGACCAAGGUGCUGUCUCACAUGCAUGACUUUGCUGUGCUGUUUUCCAUGGACAAAUUCCUGCCUUUUAUUGACAUGUUCCAAAAAGAGUCAGUCAAGGUGGAAGUGUGCAAAACUGUGAUGGAAACAUUCACAAGCGGUGCUAGACCGGGUGCCCUGUAUACAGCUGGUUACAAGAAAAGGGUUCAGCAGGACACAACAUCUGAUCCUGUCAUCAUGAAUGCCUUGAUGUUCAUCUGUAAGACCAUGCACGACUCUGUCAAUGCACUUACACUUGAAGAUGAGAAGAGAGCCAUCUCCAAUCUUAUCUGUGGUUUCAUCAGAAGGAUUUCCUUUGGAAGAGACUUUGAGCAACAGCUGAGUUUCUAUGUGGAAGCCAGGGCGACCUUCAGUAACCUUGAGCCAGUGUUGAUUGAGCUGGUGCAGCGAGUGAACCAACUUUCCAUGGAGACACACAAGGUGGUGAAGGGCAACCACUCUAGGAAAACUGCUGCGUUUGUUAGGGCCUGUGCAGCCUACAGUUUCAUCACCAUUCCAUCCAUCAACAACAUCUUCUCCCAACUCAACCUGUACCUGGUGUCAGGACAGGUGGCAUUGGUCAACGGGGCUCUCACACAAGGGGAUGCCUUUCUGAAGGCAGCGAUCGGCCUGUUACCUGAGGUGCCCAGGACCAUCCAGGUGGACGGGAAGGUGCGGUCCACAGAACCUCUCCUGGCAGAGUACAUCAACAACUUUGUCUCCAACCUGCUGGUCGUGCCAGAUAACCCAGACCAGGGUGUGCUGUACCUGAUCCGAGGCCUGCUCAACGUGCUGCAGAACUACACCUGGGAGGACAACAGUGAUGCUAAAGUCAGGUCCUACCUGAGUGUGACAUGUCUUCUCUCAGCUAUGAGCCAGGAGAAUUACUUGUAUCAUGUCAACAAAGUUGACUCCAAUGACAGACUGUACGGCAGCGACCCCAAGUUUCUGAACGAGGUCCAACAGAUCGCAAACACACUCAUCACCGAGAUACUGGAGCAGCUCAAGCACCUUCAGCAACAGGAGGCUCUGAGGAGACAGUCGGCUCUAGCGCUGGAGUUCUUCACCAAGAUGGUGGUACACGGUGAUGUGGGGCCGGGCAAGAUGGGCUCACUGGCCGUCAACUUGUGGAACCUGGCACAGAAACAUGGGUACGGAGACACCAAGGUCAUGGUGCGCACAUUAGAACACCUGAAGAAAAGGGGGACCCAGCAGGAUGGGAAGGAAUAUGCUGAGCUGGCUGCCAAGCUACCUCUGCAGUCUAGAACAUAAUCAGGACCAGAGUUGUGCAAUAUCAUAGCCUGGCCUAGG